AUCUACUGUCCCAAACGAGUUCUAGAAGACAACAUGAACAUCUCAUCGUCUGAUCUUUAUGUUCACUGUGUACUCUGACGUUCCGAGUGCAUUUGAAGGCAAGCAUGGUUUAAGAAUGGAAUUAAUUCUUAACGUUACACCUUAACUUACAGUGUAGAUCAGGAAGUGGGAUGGCUCGUGUGUCUCUGAUUGAACCAGCGGUUGGCCUGUAUGCAUUUGCCAUGUUUAUGUUCUACCCUCUGCUGCAGCAAUAUGUAUACCGUCGGCUGUGGUUUGAAUUGAGUGGCUUCAUCUAUACUUCUGAGAGUCUCUCUCACUGCUCCAGCAACCACAGCUACAUCACCUUACACCAGGCAGUCCAGAAGGAGACGUCUCUAUUCCUCCUCCAGAGUGAACUUUGCUUCCUCGUUCCCAGUCUCAUAUCCGCAUUACUCCUGGUUUCAUACAGUGAUUACUGUGGCCGUAAAGUUGCCAUUGUUCCUCCUCUGGUGGGCGACGCUCUGCACGUCCUGAGCUACGUCUUGGUCAGUAGAUUCUCCUUUAGCCUCAAAUACCUGCUCGCCUCCUCCUUCAUGUCAGGCCUGAUGGGCGGACCUCCCACUUUGAUCGGCGGAUGUUUUGCAUAUGUCGCUGACCUCUGUGGGGAAGAUCCAGAAGGUCAGAAGACAGUCCGAAUGGCUCGGCUGGACAUGAUUUUAGGUGUUUUGACUGGCUUAGCUUCUCUCUGCACUGGAUUUUUCAUUGAAGCGGCUGGGUUCACCUGGCCUUUCCUCACCGCCUUCUUUCUGCAUUUGAUAAACCUGCUGUAUGUGUUGGUGGUCCUGAAGGAGUCCUUGGUUCUUCCGAAUUCUGCUGUUUCUACAUCAAGCCCUUCAGCUUCUGAAACCCCUCGACUGCGGCAGACUCAGGCUCUUACCACUCGACUGCAGGGUGUCUAUUUGCUGUUUGCAGCCUCCAAACGGAGAAGGAACGUAGUGCUGUUUCUUAUGCUGGCUGCGUUUGCCUUUUUCAAGUUAGCCCUGCAGGGUGGCUGGUCAAUCUUCAUCUUGUAUGAGCUGAACACUCCUCUCUGCUGGAGUGAGGUGUUUGUGGGUUACGGCUCGGCUCUUUCCACUGCCAUCUAUCUGGUGAGUUUUGCUGGAGUGGCGCUGCUGUCCCGAUGUCUGCCUGACGCCUACAUCAUCCUGCUGGGCCUGAUGUCUGUGGCAGCCGGCCUCAUCAUGGCUGCCUUCGCAAAGACCACCCUGCUUAUGUUCCUGGUGCGGUUGCCAUUGCUGCUGUCCAUCAUGCCCACUCCUGUCUUACGGUCCAUGAUGUCCAAAAUAGUGUCUGGAUCCGAGCAAGGUGCCAUGUUUGCGUGCGUAGCCUUUAUGGAGAUGUUGAGUGUUGGAAUUUCAUUUACGGUAUUCAAUAGUAUCUACGCAGCUACACUCUCCUGGUUUUCUGGGUUUAGUUUCUUGCUGGCUGCAGGACUCACUGUUAUUCCAUCUGCCCUCAUAUGUGUUAUACUUUGUCUCCGUCUGGAUGUGUAUGAGGAAUCCAUCAAACUGACAGAGAGCAUGGAAAACCACACAGAAAUCUUGGAGAUGCCACAAUAAUAUGGACACCAGGAGAACAUUUCCUCUAACUUUCUUGCAUGUCAACAGUGCCCUCUAGUGGAAAGUUAGAAAACAGUUCAUUGGUGAUUCACAAAAUGCAAUUCAAAGGAACUACUGGCACUUUGAGAAUAAAAUAUAUCUUUUAACCCUUGUCUUGAAUUUAACAAAUCUCCAAGGACCACAAAUUCAAGUCUGUUUUUUUGUUACUGAAGAAAAAAUGUCUAUCUCCAUGCCCCAAGGGUGCGCAAAUUAACAGUAAUUAAUUUUGUUUGUUUGUUUUUUGAGUGAACUAUCUUAAAAUUAGGAACUCUGAUCCGAGUGUUGACAAUUUUGGUUUCUUUUUGGGUCCUACUGUACAUGAAUGCUACUUUAAAGUCAUCUGAAGAACAGAUUAAAAACCCUGUCAUUCUUUUUGUGAAAAAAGACCAAAAAUAUUUUGUACAAAAAUGUUUUUACUUUUAUUUAUCAUUUAUUUUAUGUAAUUGUAUGCAUGCUUACAAGAGGAUAUGAAAUUUUGCAUUUGGAUUUUUACGUUACACACUAGUGUAUUUCU